CCAGGUCUGAAACAGCAUCUUGCUGUGGUGCCGUCCUGAUGGAGCUUCUGGAACAAUUCUUCAUGUUCGUAGGGCUGCUGGUGUGCCUGGUCUUCCUGGGGAAGUGUGUGCGAUUCUCCAAACACAUUUUCCUGCACUUCUGGAAAGUUUCACCAAGGUCUUUCUUGAAGUCCAUGGGACAGUGGGCAGUGAUCACUGGAGCCGGAGAUGGGAUUGGAAAAGCUUAUUCAUUCGAGUUAGCAAGACAGGGACUUAACGUCGUGCUGAUCAGCCGGACACUGGAAAAGCUACAGGCCAUUGCUGCGGACAUUGAGUGGACCAUAGGGAGUAGCGUGAAGAUUAUACAAGCAGAUUUUACCAAAGAUGACAUCUACGAGUAUAUUCAAGAAAACCUUAAAGGCUUAGAAAUUGGAAUUUUAGUCAACAAUGUCGGAAUGCUGCCAGACCUUCUCCCGACCCGUUUCCUUAACACACCGGAUAACAUCCAGGGACUCAUCCAUUGUAACAUCACCUCCGUCGUGAAGAUGACUCAGCUGAUUCUGAAACACAUGGAAUCAAGGCAGAAGGGUCUCAUCUUGAACAUCUCUUCCGGGAUGGCCCUCUUUCCCUGGCCUCUGUAUGCCACGUAUUCGGCUUCCAAGGCUUUUAUGUGCACAUUUUCCAAGGCCCUGCAAGUGGAGUAUAAAGCAAAAGGAAUCAUUAUCCAGGUGCUGACUCCAUAUGCUGUUUCAACCCCAAUGACAAAGUAUCUAAAUACCAACAUGAUAACCAAGACCGCUGAUGAGUUUGUUAAAGAAUCACUGAGUUACGUCACGAGUGGAGAGGAAACGUGUGGCUGCCUUGCCCAUGAAAUCUUGGCAAGCAUUCUGAGCCUGAUUCCGUCGUGGGUCUUCUACAGCAGCAUGUUUCAGAAGCUACUCCUGACUCGCUAUGUGGACUACCUCAAGAAGAAUGCCAACAUCAGAUAGUCUGGGUGAGCUGAUGCACCAGCCAGCGUUGCUUUCUUUACCAACAUCUGCAUUGGCCAAAAGGGACCAGGACUCAACAUCUUCCUGAAGCUGGAGGGCCUAUGUCACAGAUAUAGUACCUAGAAUACCACCUUUUUUUUUUUUUUCCCCAAUUUUACUCAGGUCUGGAGAUCUUUGGGAGAGUAAAACUAAGAAAGUUUAUUCAUUCUAAGGCGCAGACAUAUAUUUCUAUUUUCUCAAUUAUGGGUAACAAUAAUAGCCAUAAUACAGAACGUUUUAAUGCUACCUAUAUGUGUUGAUUAUUUAGCUGGUAUGUUUCAGUCCUAAGCCCACCUUUUAUACUCUGAUCUGUGAUGAUGAUCUGGGAAGCUUCAGACUCAGACCCUAAGGCACUCAUGCCAGCUGGCUUUGUGUUCGAGUAGGCCAACGGGAGGCAAAUUGGGAGCGUAAAAGGAGGUGGAAGGGGCUGGGGAAACUCCUUCCUGUUUGCAUUUUUGUUACUAUCACUCUGCAGAGAGAGCAGCUUUAGCCAGACAGCACCAACCAGUAGGCAGCCUGUAAAGAUCUGAGCACCAGCCCCACAAAGCCCUCUUCAGGGAUCUGAACAUUAAUCACGCAGGGAUCCCCCUCUGAGCAUCCAUUUCCCAGAAACAUCACCUCUUCCUUUUGGUUCCAGCAGCCCUGCAGUUACUGUUAUCUGAGUUACUCGGUAUCCUCUUUUUCCUCUUUCAGACUUUUGACUUUGGUGUUAUCAAUUCCCUCUAUUAAAUUCUCUCUGUUUGAAAUACUCAGUGUGCUUCUGUUUGGCUCUGCUUUU